AUGUCUACUACUCGUUACCAAACCCGGUCUCGCGCACGUCAAGCGCCGAAUGACCAAUCGACACCGAACGCGAGGGCAGCUAGGCUGCCUCGCGCCAAUAGUGAGUCUUCUCUUUCUACCGUCUCUGCACCUCCGGGGGAAGCAACGCCACGGGCGUCUUCCCCUGCGUAUUCCGUCGACACGCCCAUCCGCUUGUAUAGCGAUGUGGUGUUGACGCGUAUUCCCUCGAUGCCUGGCGCACUCGAGGCGACCCCGAUCAGGGCGUUGAAACCUUCAGGUCCAAAGCCUAGGAAGCCGGCUUUGGCAAGGGCAGACUCUGUAGAAACAACACCUGUAAACUCAGAAAUCAGUAGAGAAGAAUAUAAGAGACCUAGGGUCACCUUUGACCUGCACGACGAGUCAGAACUAUCGUCCAGUGAGAAAUCCGCUGAGUCUGGUGAUGACCAGCACAGCGGAUGGACGGAUGUACAACGGAAGCGAGGGAGAAAGAUCCCAUCGCGUGAGGUAUCGCAAGAGAGACGAGAAUCCUCCGAGUUGAGCCAGGAACAAGAAAACCUGGUAAAGUUAGCAGAGAAUGAGCUAACCGAAAACGAUCGAAAGAAAAUUGAGGCUAGGCAGCGCACCAUGACCCUCAACAGAGAAAGUACCGAAUCCAGAGGGGAGGGCUCCUCCUGGGACAAGGGUAAAGCUCCGGACCCUCGAAACUGGGGCGACGUUGAGCUAGACGACGGAGACUUGGACCUGGACGCCCAAAGAGCGGCACUAGCGUCCUUCCGUAAGGCCCGAGAACUUGACGAAGCUGAGCGACAGGAACAGCGUGAAGUUCUGCGCUCUCUCGACGAGUCUCGGGAAGACGAUAGCUUGGUCUCGGGUUCCAGGGAUAAAGGGGACUUUGUACCCCGCGCCCGAGCCGAAUCAGCUGUGAGAGCUAUUCGGGAAAAGGUUUCCAAGCAAUAUGAGGCCCGCAUCCAAGAAUUGGAAGCAAAACUUGCCUUAAACGAGGGUAGCGGUGGGAGAAAAGGUCGGAAGAGACCCUCCAACCCUGUAGAUGGGAUGGUGAACCGGGUGCUCGAGAGGGCGUCCAGUCCCCCACCAGCUAGAUCCACCCCACAGGCGAUGGAACCCAUCCAGCAGGUGGCGCCCCGGAGUUAUAUUGGGCAGGCUCUCGGCAGACUGAAAACCUCAAAUAAGGGUAAGAGUAAGAAAGCUAAAAGAAAGAAGAAACACACCUCACGUGACACCAGCGAUAGCGAGGACUCUAGUGAUCCGAGCUCGUCGUCGAGCUCGGCAGAGUCCUCCCCCAAAUCCUCUGAGUCCAGCGAGUCGUCUUCGGACGAUUCCAGCACUAAGUCCUCGCGACGGCGCACUAAGAAGAAACGUAGCCGUAAGAGUAAGAAAAACACUUUAAAACCAAUCCCACCUGUGAACUAUGACGGAUCUCCAGAUUCCCGUGCAUUCCAUCAAUUCUUGACGGAAGGCACGGCGUAUGUCAAAGACGGACAGGUGGAACGUGAAAGAAGGGUUUUUAUACUAGCGCAUUACCUAAAGGGUCGCGCGCGUGAGUUCUAUACUAGGGAGGUAUCUGGGGACCCUUACCGUUGGAGGCUGAGGAGGUUCUUCACCGAGUUAUUCAAUCAUUGCUUUCCCAUUGACUUCCGGAUGAAGCAGAGGGAGAAGUUAAACCGAUGCUACCAAAACGGUAAGACCGUUAGAGAGUACAUCUACGAAUUGAGUGAGCUUUGGAACAUGAUUGGGGACGUUGCUGAGAGACAGAGGACCGAACUUUGGAAGAAAGAACUUAACCCGGAAUCUUCGUCAUUCCGGGAAGUGCAAAGUGCGGCCGAGGUCAUUGAAAUAGCCCACUCCGUGCCGGUCAGGUCCCGGGAGCAUCGCACCAAAGAAGGGAGAGAUGGCGCCAACCCUGGCACUAAGCCAGGUGACGGUGGAGGAAGGACCCAGUCCAAAACGGACGACCACAAAGGAAGGCGUGGAGACUGUCGUCGGAAUGGCCGAAGCCAAGGGGGAGGUGAUCGAACCCAAGGUGACGGACACUCUAGGAACGAUGGCAAUCAGAAAAGAGAAGGGGGGAGGUCAAAGAACUCACCCACAGAACGGAAACCGGAGAGACUAAGUCCGGCUGAGAAGGAACGUCACGCAGCAGAAGGACUGUGCUAUGUGUGUCACCAGGCAGGACACAUCUCACGAAACUGUCCAAAGAAAACGACAGUUAAGUCUGGAAACAGUGGGAGCUCACCUCCGGCGAUCCAACAUUAUGGCAUGGACGUUCUCGGCGAUGACGCGCAAGAACAGACACCGGAUGACCUGUUGCAAUCUAAUGAUCUUUCAGGAUUAGCAUGUGCUUCAAUGACGUUAGGCUAUGAGGAAAACUCACCUCCAGUGAUGCCUAGACCAACGCCUACUGCGAUGGGAGACCCUCUAGCGGAACGAGCAAUGGAAUUACUCCACCGGGAGUCAGGACACUACCCCGGCGACGAUGCUGACAAGACCCCGGAUCCAGAGCGGUUCCUGGUGUAUCGAGUCUCCGAAUCGGAACAUGCUAUCAUGGAUCGUGAGGAUAGAAGAGACCCAGAGGUAACCAUACUCACCUCGUCGCUGCUGAACCCCCGGUUCUGCUUAGAAGGAUGGUACUCCCAACACCACGGGGACCCGUCAUGGGAGUACCGUUGGGACAACGAGUGA